CCAUUUUCAUACGCUGAAGGAGGCCUUGAAGACUUUCUCGCCACAUCGCAUGUUUACUCGAGUAUAGCUUGACAACCCAUUCAUUGAAACGCUUUCCACAGAAGACACGCCCCACGAAACCCACAAUCUAUACUCGGAUCGUUAGAAACAAGGCUUGAUCGUGGAGUUAUCAACUUGCCAAUAACAAUUCUGAGAUUCUAACGUUCAUCACCUGCCAUUAUUCCAAAACAGCCUGUAUAGGCUGCAACGCUACUCCGCGCAGGAGCUUGCUCAUACUCGAUACUACAACACUCACCCCACCUCGGAGCGACUUCGAACCUGGAUAUAGGACAAUGGAGCUUUCGAGCGUCGAAAACAACCCUCAUGCACCUCUACGUCUUUUGUCGCUGGAUGGAGGAGGUGUGAGGGGACUCUCUUCAUUGAUGGUACUUGAUGACCUGAUGGAGAACAUUGCACAAGAGGAAAAAAGGUUAGGAAGGCGACCAAACAACGACUCUGAAGCAUUGAAACCAUGCGACUAUUUCGAUCUGAUUGGCGGUACCAGCACUGGCGGAAUCAUAGCUAUUUUACUUUCCAGGCUCCGGCUUGACUGCAAGUCGUGCAUUCGAAUCUAUUCAACCCUCGCUCAGCAGAUUUUCGAGCACGACAGGUCAAUUAAAGUCUACGGCGUGAAGAUACCAACAGGCGCCAGCCGAUUCUCAGGCGUCGUACUAGAACGAGCAAUCAAGCAAGCCUUAAGAGACCUCGGCUAUGAUCCUGAUGAGUUGAUGUGGGACGAUUCGCUUUUCGAAGAAGUUCCUGACAAUGGUUUGCCGCGUGACAGCAUCUGGUCAGACGUGGUACCCGCACCCAAAAUCACCGAGAGUCCAGUAGCCACGCUCAAGACCACUAGCGGUACGGCAUCGAACAGCAACAACGGCCAUAUGUCAGCACACGAUGAACUCGAAGAGCAGCCACUGAUCAAAAUCGGUGAUAUCGCCCGCAAGCUCUCCAAUCUGACCAGAUCGAAUACCUGGAAGCUCCACCCUCGACAGAGUGUUCAUAGGAGGAGGGGUGCCAGAGGCUGCCGCGGCUUCGUUCUCACAACUUUGAAGAAUGCCCUGGGCUUACCUCGAAUCAUCUCAACAUAUGAUCCAAACGAUCGUACCACACGAAUAUGGGAGGCACUCCGCGCUACAUCCGCAGCACCUACGUUUUUUGAAGAAAUGACAUUUGGCACGCCCCGAGUAACAUAUCUUGACGGCGGUGUUGGCUUCAACAAUCCUUGUGCAGAAGUCGAUUACGCUGCCAAAGCACUAUGGGAGGGACGAUCCAUCGGUGUCAUAGUCUCAGUCGGCACCGGCCUUCAAUCUAUACCAUCAGUCAAGAAAAUGGCUUCAUGGCUGCCUUUUGGACUCGGCACUGAUAUCGCAUUGGCCUCAGCUCUUGCUGGUAUGGCGACCGGUACUGCCCGCGUAGAUAACGAGAUGAAGCGCAUGUACUACAAUACGUCUACCCAGUAUUACCGUUUUGACGUGGAUCGCGGCCUGGCAAACAUCAGUCUUGAACAGUGGAUGAAAGAAGAUGAGAUGGCGGCCCUCACUGAGCUCUACAUGAGAGAUGCAAAGCAGUCGCGCUCGGCUCAGAACUUUGGCGAUAUCAUGGCAAAACUGUCUGCUCUACCACCGAAGUUUGAAAUUGGAGCAACGCACUUCAAAGUUGGCAUAGAUGGAAGAGGACUCAUGGAUCAAUCUUUCUCGUUAGUGCAGUUGGACUUCAAAACAGGUAUGCCGCUAGGCGUCGUUUCGCAUCUCGAAGACGUACCUCGCAUGAGUCAAUUCCGCGAUACUUCACCUAGCGGCGAGGGAGGGCUUGCAGUUGGCAUGGAUGGCAAAUUGAAGAAAAUUUACCCGGUGGCCGAAGAUCUAGAUGGAGACGGCCGGCGGGAGGAGGCGGCUGUCUAUCAGUGCGUGCGUGGCAACAACAUCUGCCUUAGAACCAUCAAGACUGGCAUUCCUCAAGGACGUUAUCGCGUUCAGUUCAUUGUCAGCUUCCACAAUAGCAAAAAUACCCCGCCGCAUGAUCUUGUCUUCUCAGUAGGCAAGCCUUUCGACAAGAAUACAUUUGCACAGCGUUAUGUUGAUGUCAAAAUCACACCGGAUGUUGUCCCCGUACUACUCCAUCCAGACGCAGUCAGGGUACGCAUAGGAAGCAGGAGGUAUGCCGAGCACAAAGGGAAAGGGUGGAUGGAAAUUGAAGGGGAUGUUGAAAUAAAUGUUGGUCUCGACGGGGCGCUGGGGUUUGUGAUCAGCAAGAAGUUCGAAGAAGACGUUUUUGUAGAUGGUUGGAGUUUCGGGGGAGUCCGACUCGAGCCUGUGUUCGGAAAGCCUGGAGAACUAGUCACAAAAAGUCUCAUUUGAGUGAGAUGUUGUAUGUUGGCUCAUUGGUUUUCGACAUAUCAGUUUUUUCGGCAUUUUAGCGCGAACGGGCAUUGCAUUGGUGUUUCUAAGAAAGCUGGACUGGGGCGUUUGUGAGAUUUAGCUAUCUAAGCUUAGAAAAUUUGCCCCUCUGUAACUGUCGUUGCUGAUUAGAGCAUCUAGAUGUUAGAGGAAUUCUGCAUCUAGAACAUUGGUCGUGUAAGCGUUAUUUGUAGUAGACUGCUUUUCUAUGGUGGUGUCUCUAAAUGCAGCCUUUAGGUUGCCUAGCUAUUUGUUGUAAUGCUUUUAGGGGUUUGGGAGGCUGUCCUGUAAGACUAGAACGCGACAGGAAUCUGGAAUCUUAAACCUAUCUUGGUGCGCUUGAAUAAAGUCUGCGUUGGUACCCUGAAUGAUGGGGCUAGCAGCCACGCCACGAUGAUUGGGCUCGGUUAUGUGGAUAUCGUUAAUGCGAUCCGCUACAACUGACUGCUCAUCUUUUCGUGUAGAUGGAUGCAGGUACAGUCGUUGCUCCUUCUUGAGUUCCCGCUUCUCCUGUCUGGCUAAUUUCCUGCGUAGGUUCCUCUCUUUACUGCGCUGGGAGCUCGGGCCUGGGGAUAGCAUCAUAAUGCGACCGGGACAUCC